AUGGCCUCAAAAGAUAUGCUGCCUCUGGCUUCUGGCUUCUGGCCAAUCUUCUUAAAAUCUCAGCUACAUUACAAGGCUCAAUUCCCGCCGAAGAACACCAAUCUCUCCGGACAGUUCGCCAUCAUCACAGGAGGGAAUCAGGGACUGGGCUUCGAGUCUGCACGUCAAUUCCUUUCAUUACGCCUAUCUUACCUUGUCAUUACUGUGCGCUCCGAGGAGAAAGGGAAAGCCGCAGCUUCGAAACUUCAGGCAGAGUAUCCGAAUGCAACUAUCAAAGUGUGGCUACUGGAUAUGUGCUCGUAUGACUCGAUUCAAGCAUUUGUCAAGCGUAUCGAAAGCGAACUGCCACGCCUAGAUAUCGCUAUUCUGAACGCCGGCCGGUCAAAGGCCGAGUUCGAAUUGGUCUCUAGCACUGGCCACGAGGAGACCAUGCAAGUGAACUACCUCUCCACAAUGCUUCUUGCUACUCUGCUGCUGCCUAUUCUGAAAAACAAGUCUCCGCAGGGGACGCCUGGUAGACUGUCCAUCGUCAGCUCUGGAACUACUCUCUUGACAAAAUUCUCCAACAGCCAACGAUCUCCCCUGUUGAAGUCCUUUGAUGACAUCAAGAUCAGCCCAACUCCUGGUAUCCAGACUUACGGUGCAACCAAAGUUCUGUGUCAAAUGUUUAUCUACAAACUUGUAGAUUAUGUUUCUGCAGACGACGUGGUCGUAAAUCUCGUAGAUCCGGGGAUGACCAGGGGAACGGGAUUAAACCGCGACGUGCCCAGGGUCAUGAGGACAUUAGCUGCCCCAGUGAUGGUCGGAUUCUGUCGCAGCGUAACGGAUGGCGCUUCUUCAUACCUGGAUGCCAGUGUAGUGAAAGGGAAAGAAUCUCAUGGGUGUUUCAUUAUGGACUGGGAAAUCCGACCGUUUCCUCCGCUAUUAUACACGAAGAAUGGAAAGGCUACCAUCGAAAGACUAUGGCAAGAGACACUAGACGAGUUUGAUUUUGCUGGUAUUUCCAGCGUACUAGAGUCGAUGAAGAAAACUGAUCUGGAUGUGGUUCGUUUAUAA